AUGACAGCUCGCUCCGACAGAGCUGCAGUUGGUCUCAUUGAGUCUCUGCUGCUUCUUCUCUCGAGUCUGAGGGCUAGUAUUCUGUCCCCAAAUUUGUUUGAGACUGUCUCAUGGGUCAAGAUUCAGAUUGAAACACUAUAUUGGAGUGUUUUUGGCCGAUCUAGAAACUAUUGCGACCAAAGCAACAGGCAGUGGCCGUGCGUGGCCGACAAGGGCUACUACGGCCAAGGCCCGUUGCAAAUAUCAUGGAACUACAACUACGGCCCAGCCGGCCAAGCCAUCGGCUUUGAUGGAUUGAACAACCCUGAAAUUGUCGCCAGAGAUGCUGUUAUCUCAUUCAAGACUGCGCUGUGGUUUUGGAUGGAUAGCGUGCACUCGGCUAUUACGUCGGGGAAAGGAUUUGGGGCCACGAUUCGUGCCAUUAAUGGAGACCUUGAAUUCAAGAACGCGAAUCCGGGCGCCGUGACUUCUCGUGUUAAUUACUAUACGAGCUAUUGCAGCCAACUCAGAGUUAGUCCUGGGCCUAAUCUUCGUUGUUAGAAAUGGGAAUGUCAAGAAUCGAUGUAUUAUAUGGUUUCUUGUGUUAAAAAAAGUAGAGUCUCUCGCAUGAACUAUUUAAUAGGAGUGGAAUAAGUGUGAAUUCGAUCACUUGUGAAAUUAUGGUUUGUUGUGUUAAAAUUGUGGGUAUUGUAGUCUUGCGCUACUUGCGCUCUUUCAAGUCAAACAUAGAAUAAAUAAGGGCAAAAUUCAAUAAUUAC